UUCGAGGCGAUCAUGAACGAGUGCGCGGUCUCGUGCCGCUUCCAUGUGAGUUACUGCAGCCACGACAGCGUCUUCCAGCCCAAGUACACGCGGUAUCAAAAGGCUGGCAAAGUCAAGGUGCUUCGGUAUUGCCAGCCACUCUUGCGGUGGCGCGGGUUCGAAGUCUUGUUAGGUGUUUUCCCCACUGCUGUCCGCGGCACGUCUACUACCGGUACUGCGGCACACCGAUCACGGUCCAUACCGAGAUGCCGCACGCGCCCAAGCCCACGACUGCGUAUGUCUCACUGCUGCACUUGGCACCGUCGCUCGAGGCCGAGUGGGCCCUCGGUGACGUCAUUGACCCCGUCGACGUCGACCGUCUCACGCGUGACGCGGGCUCGUCGUGUGUCUUCAACCAAGACCUCGCUGCGGGCUGGACGUAUGGCUGGACGAGCGGCCGCAGCCAAGCCGUGCGCGACUGCCAGCACCACGUCAAGGUGUACAUCUUUGACGUCUCUGCGACAUCGUGGCGGGUCGUGGCCAAGGUGCUCUCACCAGGCUUCAAGAUCGAAACGUAUCGGAAUGCGACCAAGGCGACGAUGUCAAGCACACUGUCGCUGCCCGCACAAAUGGCAUCGACGUCGCACCUGCUUUCACUCUCGUCCAAGAACAUGAUUGCCCCCGAGUCGCCUCGCCAUGUCUCGUCCCGAACCCAACUCAUGGCCAACCACUUGGGCAUCCUCGUGCUUUUUCUGCAAUUGAUGCCCACCGAAUGCACGUCUUCGGAAUGGUCGAGUCGACUGUUGCAGCACAUCACGGGCCGUCCGCCGACUUUGGAUGACGCGGGGUCCUUGUUCGCUACGUCGCCGGAAACGGACAAUCUGUCUGCGUCGUCGCUGCAGCCGCUCCGCGCACUCGCCUCGUCGUGGCUCGUUCAUCUCUUCCACCCGCAUAACAUGGGGCAGUACGAAGCCGUCGUCAUGGCGCACCGCGACUGCAUUUGCGACAAGGCCGAGCUCACGGCCGCCUACAAUGACUGUGUUCAUUUACUCUACCGGAUUUCCGAAACGUUUUUCAAGACGGACGCGGCCACGUGCACGGGCGAUUUUGCAAAGACGAUUGCCCACUACUGUCCGUUCCUUGAAGGGGCGCUCGAAGCGCACUUGAAGCGCGAAGGGUACUUCAAAUUCCACGCCCUCGUCGCCCAUUUCCGCGAAGUGGCCCUCAGCGCGACGCCACAACAUGAGCAAAAGCCUACGACGAGCGGGAUCUCUGGCGACUGGGUCGUGUGCUUGGCCAAGAGCCAUUUGACGCCAGCGCUUGCGCUAUCCGUGACUGCUGCCGCCCACUGGGCAACGCUGCUCUCCGCUUGCCACGUCAUUCACUGCGAGCACGAGCUACUGGUGCAGUCCAAGUGGAAGCUGUACCCGUCGGCGCCGAGCCAUUUUAUCUUGGACAACCGCCCACGCGUGCUGCGGACGUUUCCGAAUGGCGAGUCGACGAUGACUGGGCACGGGUGCACCCUCGAUGGCGACUAUGUGGGGUACACGUCCAGCGACGCCGUUCAUGUGACGUGUUACCGAUACAACGUUGAGGCGAACGAAGGCUACCGCGUCACGUUUUGCCUGCGCGCGCGACACGACGACGCGCUGCUGGUGCAAUUGCAGUCGCAGCGCGUGGUCCUGCCUGCUAUCAACGACGUUCUGCUCUACAUGACGGCGCGCGACCGAAUGGCGCUCUGGAGCGCCACACAAAUCGAAGACGUGAUGCACGGUGAGCUCAUCUACCAAGAUGCGAAAGCGGCGCCGGGGAUGGUCGAACUGUAGCCAGCAGUGGCGCUCGACCGUCACUUCGUUGCUUGUCGCACACAGCUGAGGUCAAGACGACCAUGACCAAAUCAAUGCCUUCAGAUACCGAUAGAAAUCAAUUCCAAUGACUCAUUCGUUAUUCCA